AUGUCAAUCAACAACACUCAAUCUAACGAAACCAUUUACACUUUGGCAACAAUCUCCCAAGCCUUCGAAUGUUCUUCUGUUCCAGGAGUAAUGACACUUAGAUUAGAAAAUAGUAUUAGAAUAAUUUGCAACACCAAUAAGCAACCCACCAACAUUACUGCUGAAGAAGCCAAAGCAACUGGUAUUAAGCUGUGUUUUUCUCAGGAGUAUUCCUGUCAUCGUUGGGGAACCUAUGAAUCUAAGGCAGCUUUGCAUGUGGUUCAAAAGCAAACAAAGAAAAACAAGUGUCCUGCUCUUCUUCGUGUGAAAGGAUUCUUUAAGACAUCUGAGUUUUAUGAAUUUGUUGUUAUAAAAGAUUAUGCAGAGCAUACUCCUGGUGAUAUGUGUAGUGACAUUUGCACCCUUCCUCUUGCAAAGAAAUAUCUUCACGAGUUGGCCCAGCAAUUAGAACAGUCAAAGUCUGAAAGAAAAGUUAAUUAUUAUGAUAUCUGGAAUUUGAUGAACAAAAUCAAUAAAAAGCUGUAUCAUCUUGACAAAGACCAAAUGACUUCUUUCUUAAUCUGGAUGAACAACAAACUUCCUGCCUUAAACUUCAACAUCUUUAAGGCAAACACUUCAUAUUCUCCAGAUCCAUCAGCCUUUGCAUAUGGUUUUAUGUCACUCGUUCACAACGUAAAUGAGAUUCUUUAUACCCUUUUGAUGCGUGAUGAAGAUAUUGGUAGAGGAUGGUCUGUUGCCUUUAUGUUAUCUGUCAGUGUGAAGAUUCCUGGAUCCUUAUCAUCAGAGGCACGAAUUUUACGUGGUGUGAUGAUGAAGUCUCUGCAAGAGAUUAUUUAUGAAGACAUAGACGAGUUUCAUCAUAAAAUUGUGCAGUUUAAAGAAGACUUUGACGACCAAGAAAGCUUUUUGGAUUACUUUGAAAGAAACUAG